AUGAGUGCUUUUCAAGCAUUGAGACGUCUGCGAGCCAUCCAGAACUUCUUGAUCCGCCCAAGCACCGCCGCUGCCACCUCUGUCCCAAACCCAACCACGAAUCACACUCGCCGUUUAGCAACCAUGGCGGCUACCAAGACAGAGAACUACAAGUUCAACCACACCAUGAUCCGAGUCAAGGAUCCUAAGGAGUCGGUCAAGUUCUAUGAGUUCCUAGGCAUGAGCCUUAUCAAGAAGCUUGAGUUCCCCGAGGCCAAAUUCGAUCUCUACUUCCUGGGAUACGACAGCCCCAACGCCCUCUCCCACGGCAGGUCCGUCUUUGACCGCGAAGGACUCAUUGAGCUGACGCACAACUAUGGGACUGAAAACGAUCCUGAAUACCAGAUCAACAAUGGUAACAAGGAGCCUCACCGUGGCUUCGGUCACACAUGCAUCAGCGUAGACUACAUCCAGGCUGCUUGUAAGCGUCUCGAGGAUGCUGGCUAUAAGUUCCAGAAGAGGUUGGAUGAGGGCCGCAUGAAGUACAUCGCCUUUGCCCUCGACCCCGAUGGCUACUGGGUCGAGAUCAUUGCCGAUGGCAAGAAGACUCUUGAGGAGAUGGCUGAAGUCAAGACAUCUGAUGUCUCUACUUACCGAAUGAACCACACCAUGAUCCGCGUCAAAGACAUCAAGAAGUCACUCGACUUCUACCAAAAUACGCUGGGCAUGGCUCUCCUGCGCACAAUUGAGAACCCGGACGCUAAGUUCAAUCUGUACUUCCUCGGCUACCCAGGAGAGCAGGGUAUCGAGGCAGAUGGUAUCACCAAUCGCCGUGAGGGACUUCUCGAACUCACCUGGAACUACGGUACUGAGAACGACGAGAACUUUGCCUAUCACAAUGGAAAUGACCAACCCCAAGGUUUCGGCCAUAUCUGUGUGACGGUGGACAACAUUGAAGCGGCAUGCAAGCGCUUCGAUGAUUUGCAGACCAAUUACAAGAAGAGGUUGACGGAUGGCCGCAUGAAGAAUGUGGCAUUCCUCCUCGACCCAGACAACUACUGGGUAGAAGUUGUCCAGAACGAGCGAUUCACUGGCCAGGACAACUUCUGA